AUGCGCGGAAAAGUAUCUUUUGAAGAAGCCUACGAAAUUCCGGCUCUGGCCGACUCAAGUCGCGAUCAAGCCGCUCUGUAUAUUGCUCCUAAAGACCUCGAGCGGUAUCUAAGUCAGAUCAAGCAGCCCACCGGCGAGCGUCUUGAUUUAUCCAACCAGCACGGCAUUGGAUACACGAUUUCUUCAUUGACGGUCCCGGGCUGCCAAGGCAUUACAGACAAAGCUAAGGCGGAAAAGCAUGCCCGUGAUGCAAAUGACUGGAUCGCCAAAGAAAUCAAGGCGUACCCUGACCGGAUGGGCGCGUUUGCUGCGCUUUCAAUGCACGAUCCUGCCCAGGCGGCGCAAGAGCUCGAACGUUGCGUGAAACAGUAUGGAUUUCACGGAGCUCUUGUGAACAACUGGCAGCAUGCGGGAGCAGAUGGAGAAACGUAUCUUUUCUAUGAUCAGCCUGAAUAUGACGUCUUUUGGAAAAAAUGUGUGGAGUUGGAUGUACCUUUCUACCUCCACCCGGCGGCACCGAUGGGGAACCAUUUCAAACAGUUCUAUGAGCAAAGAAGAUAUUUGGUUGGACCCCCAGAGUCAUUUGCUAUCGACGUCUCGCUGCAUGUUCUGGGGUUGAUAACCAACGGAGUUUUCGAUCGUCACCCUAAGCUGAAACUCAUUGUGGGCCACUUGGGCGAGCGUAUGCCCCAGGACUUCUGGCGCACGAACCAUUGGCUAAGAGAUGUUGAAAGACCACUGGCUGAGUCACGAGGCGAUGUCAUGUGCAAGCAAGAUCUUGUUUACUACUUCAAGAACAACAUCUACCUUACGACUAGUGGCCACUUUUCAACUGAGACGGUCAAGUUUGUCUGUGACUAUGUGGGCGCCGAUAGGAUCCUUUUUUCGGUUGAUUCACCCUACGAGAAGAUUCAGGAUGGUGCAUCUUGGUAUGACAAUGACAAGGAGAAUCUGUCGAAGGCUCUUGGUGGAGCGGACAACUACGCUAAAGUUGGAAGAGAGAAUGCGAAGAAUUUGUUCAAGUUGGGUACGUAUCACGACUCGACUGCUUAA